CAGGCGGCUUCAUCUGGAGGCCACGAACAGGUGGUAAAGAUGCUGCUUGACAAGGACGCCGACCCGAACGCGCAGGGUGGAUACUACGGCAAUGCACUCCAGGCGGCUUCAUCCGGAGGCUACGAGCAGGUGGUGAAGCUGCUGCUUGACAAGGACGCCGACCCGAACGCGCAGGGUGGAAGGUACGGCAAUGCACUCCAGGCGGCUUCAUCCGGAGGCCACGAACAGGUGGUGAAGCUGCUGCUUGACAAAGACGCCGAACCGAAUGCGCAGGGUGGAAGGUACGGCAACGCACUAUAG